GCCGGCAGUCAAUGAAUAUAGUUGAAAAAAUAGAAAGCUCAAAUUUUAAAAAUAUAAAUUAAAUUUUAUUCUUUAAAAGAAACUAGAUAAGACUUUGUCGAUAACAUUUUUAAUAAAAUUACGUUCAUUUUCGUAUAUCAACAAUACUUAUUUAUUUAUUUUUAUCAAAAUUUGCGUUUGGUGUUCGAUAAAAUGUGUCAGUGAAUUAAUUCUUGGAAAACAAGAUAGACAUUAUACAAGUUUCGAUGAAAAAAAUACAAAUUAUCAACGUAAUUUUAUCGCAAACAAGCAGUGAAAGCAGCAGAAGUUAAGCAAUAGUAUAAAAAAAAUAUUAGUGACAUAUACUCAAAAAUAAAAUAAGAAAGAAAACCCAGUGACUCAGACAAAAUGACGCAAAGACUGAAGAUUUCCAAUAAAUUAAAUGAUCUCAUAGGUAGCUUAUUUAUAGUGAUUUCAUUAAUUAGUGUAACAAAAGCCAACAAUAGUAUUACAUUAACUGAUCAUUGCACGGAUAGGAGAUUUGUUAACUCUCUUAACACAACAUUUAUGCAAUUUACAAAAGAGACUGUAGAUCAAGAAUAUGCUGUCGAAGGUGAUUUUAAAGGACUCCAUUGUUGUGCGAAAGGAUAUCGAAGCAUUGAAUGGUUAAAAGACGGCAGAAGUUAUCCAUGGUCAUCAGAGGAUACAUCAUCACUAAUUGUAUACCCAGAUGCAGAAAAUCAAACGAUUUUCACUAGAAAAGCCUCAAAAAUCGACGAGGGAAAAUACACAUGUGUUCUUAGAAAUGCAACACACAAACUGGAACAUCACAUAGAGUUAAAACUUCAGAGUUCAUCGCCUGACAUUCCCUUAGCAACAUUUAAACCUGUCGAUCAGUUUGCAAACGUUGAUGGAUCGGCGAGAUUCUAUUGUGAAGCAUUUAUUGGAAAGAAAGCACUUCCAAAUAUUGCAAUAAGUAUUAAAUGGUAUCAUUUAAGUGACGAUAAUAAAAUACCAUCCGCUAACAAUAACGACGAAUUAAUCAAAGAGGAAGUUGUUUAUCGCGAGGAUGAACAAAUCAUUGGAUCAUAUUUGACAAUCACACAAGUAACAUUGAAUCACUAUGGAAGAUAUUUAUGUCGAGUUGAGAUUGGAAAUUCGCCAAAACAUCGAUUAGAUAUGUCAGCAUCACUCAUAAAUGCACUGCGGAUCGAAGCAAAUGCCAAAUCUAUCCUCACAAAUCCCGUUUUUCUCGGAUCGUGUGCUGCCAUAAUCGCUCUCAUCACGUUUUUUCUUAUAUUUCAUUUUACAAAACAGAAGUGGAUGAGUUUUAUAAACUUAUCAAAAGCAAAUAAAGGGGAUGUAAAUUUUAAUAUUAGCUCAACACCACUCAAUUUCCAAAAGUCAAGAAAAAGUAGUCAAAAUGAAUGUGACGAUAUGAAAGUAAUGAUUGACAUAAUAUAAGCACAUUCAAAUAACAUCAUAGAUGAACAAUCUAUGUACAUGUUUACAUCAUCAAUAUGAUCUAUAUACUUAAUACGUUUAUCUAAAUUAUAUUUCAUUAUUUUUUUUAAUAACAUGUAAGAUAUUUUUAAUGUCAGUAGACUUUAGAAAAAGAAAUAAAUGUCUAUAGAAUCCUUUCUUUCGGCUGUGAUGAAGAAUAAAAUAAUCAUUAGAAUAAUUUAACAAUGAAAUGUAAAGUAAUCAAUGAUAAUAAAUGAAUAUUCUUAAGUAUUAUUACG